AUUCGUACUGACAGUUUGACAAAGAGAAUAAUUUUGAUACUGAAUUUGUGUGUCGUUUUUGUGAAAUGUUUCUGUUUUUCUACAUGCUGUACAAAUUGAUGUUGAAUUUCUUCAAGCAUUAGAAUAGUUCUUGGAGGAUGGUGAAUACUCCGAGAGGACCAAGUCAAAACCCAAGUCGCGAGCCCAGCCGGGAUACAAUACAACCUAACAGCACUCCACCUGCAGGGAGUCCUGUUCAAGCCUCUGGAGUCCCUAGCCAUGAAUCUACCAGAAGAACUCCAGAUCGAAGAAGUACUCACAGUUCUCGGGUGUCAAGUGCAUCAUCACGUAAUGUUGUAGUCGACCAACGAAGUGUUGAGAGUUUGGGAUUAUCAAUCCGCGAUAGACCAAGACAUGGCGGCCCAACGGAAGUUAUCGACAAGUUUGAAGUCAAAAAUACAUGGGAGGCUGCGAAGACCUAUGACUUUAUCGGCGCUAGAGGCGAGGGACGUAAAUGCAAUGUGUUAGAGUCCAUCGGUCACCUGGUGAAGAGCUGCCUAGGUGGGGGCAUAGUGGCCAUCCACGAGUCGUACAAGACCUGCGGGCUUUGGACUGCAUUGGUCCUCAACGUGUUUCUAGGAUUUGCUGUCAGCUACUGCAUGCUGAUUCUCGCUAAAUCCGCCCAGAGGAUGUAUGGUCGCGUUCAGGUCCCGAAGAUGACGUUCCCAGACUUGGCCCAAGCGUCCCUCGAGGUCGGGCCUUGGCCGAAAUGGAAGAAAUGCGCCAAGUGCUUUCGAUACUGCGUGGACGCAACGAUCACGAUCGAUCUGUUCGGCUCGUGCUGCGUCUACCAGGUGGUCAUUUCUCGCACCAUCAAGCAGCUGGUCGAGAACACCGACAGCGUCACCAAUGAAGGCAGUGGUUCCUACCCCAGCAUUCGGGUCUACAUCAUCUGUUUGCUAAUCCCUUGCAUACUCAUCUGCAUGAUCACCACUCUGAAGUAUCUGGCGCCUUUCUCGAUUGUUGCUGAUGUAUUCAUCGUGAUCGUGGCCAUAGCAACCAUCUACUAUGGUGUAAGAUUCCACACCAAGAGCCCGUUGGACUUCAAGAUAUUCGGCACAGUGCCAGGGUUGUUCGAGUUCAUGGGCGUCUGUGUCUUCAGCAUGGAGGGUGUGGGCGUGACCCUGGCCAUCGAGAACAGCAUGCAGGAGCCAAGGAAAUUCCCUAUCGUGCUGGCUGGAGGAAUGUCCAUUGUGGUAGCCAUGGUGAUGACCGUUGGCUUCUUCGGCUAUUGGGGUUUUGGUGAAAAUUCCAAGUCCCCUGUCACUGUCAAUUUUCCAAUGGAAAUCUUCCCCAUAAUCCUGAAGGUGUUCAUGGCGCUCAUGAUCUACGUGACGUUUGCACUGAACUUCUGGGUCCCUUUCGAGCUCGUGUGGUACUACUUGAAGAAGAGGCACCCGGCUGAGAAGUAUUGGCUAUGGGAGAGGGUGUACCGUGCGAUCUUUGUGCUGGGCAUCACGCUCAUUGCUGUCACCUUCCCUAAUGUGUCCAAGUUCAUGGGAGUGUUAGGCUCAUUCUGCCUUUCCAACAUGGGCUUUAUCUUCCCUGCCUUCAUCGAACUCAGCAUCGACUGGGAGGAGCCAGGGUUGGGCUUCAUGAAGUGGCGGCUGAUCAAGUUCAUCAUCAUCUUACUUUUCGGCAUCGCGCUGUGCUGUGUCGGUACCUAUACCAAUGUGAAAGAGCUGAUCACAGAGGUGUUCUUUACGAAAAAGUAGAAUAAUUUAGAA